AUAUGCUUGAAAGAGGAAGGGCGAGGGGCUUAGGGUUCCAAAAGACUGAAACUGAUCUCGUGAGCGGCUUCUUCACCACUCCAACAAUAGCCGUCUUCACAUCGCGCUUCACAACCAGGUUAAUUUUCUAGUCCCUCUGAGAAUUUGGUAACUAUCCUCAUUAUUCUCUCCAAUCCUAAUCCGCAAUAUAAACAUUCCAAAUAAGCUCUUGUUGAUUUUUGUCCUUUGAUUCCUCUAUUUUUUUUUCUCCUUUUUAUCCUAUUUUCAUCCUUGCUUUUAAAUUUUUAUAUUGCAGGUUCUAGUUAAUGUUCUAUUUCUUUUAAAAUUCAUAUUGUAGGCCUUCAAAUUGCAUAACAUGUAUUUGUCCAUCCGUUGCUCAUUCUUUAUGAAUAUCUAAAAUCUGAACUGGAGAAAAAAAAGCUUUGUUUUCACUCCAAUGACGAAGAAGAGUUCUAAAAUUACACCAAGUCAAGAAGAAAAUACAGUUGCGGAAGAGGAAAAACCCUCGUCUACACGGAAAGAAGCAGGUAACGAAAUUGAUGAAAUAUUUGCCGGAAAAAAGAGGAAGAAGUCUGAAGUGGAAAAGAGUGGAAAACCUGAUGAAGUAACUAAGAGAACCAGUAAAAAGAAAAAGAAGAAGAACGUGAAGAGGAAGACUGAUGGGUCAGAUGAUGGUGAGUUUGUAGACCCAUCUUCUCGACCAAGAAAAAAAACAGAGGAUGGACUUUCUGUUUACACUGAAGAGGAGUUAGGUAUUAAUAAUACGGAUGCUGGAAAUACCCCACUCUGCCCAUUUGAUUGCUCUUGUUGCUUUUGAUGGUAACUGUAAAACAUUACUUGGAAUCAUUAAUGAUGUGUUUGUCACUUACAGUUUUGGAUUUGUAAGGUGGGGCUUUGUUUUUCCCUUAUUAUAGUUUAGCCAAAAUUGGUCUGAGUUAUCAUGUGUUGAGCUUGAAUUAUUUGGUUCUAGAUAUGAUUCCUUAGGAGAUUUCAGAUAAUAGAAUUUUGGAGCAGUUAGUCUUCCUCUCAUCCCCUGUAACACAAUUAUUUAUGCAUAUCUGCAGAUAUGUUUGAGAAAUUCAUUAUAAUUCUGGGUGCUGGAAUUAUGUCUGUUAUAUAUAUUUUAAAGACAUUUUCUCAUGUUUAAUCAAACUCAACUUAU